GGAGGAGGAGGAGGAGUGGGGAGCAGGCGUGGGGGUGGCAGAAGAGGCCUCGCGCCCUGGAGGGAGCGCUUGAAUUUUUGCAAACCCAAACAACCCCAAGGGGCGCACAUCCUCCGCGCGCAAUCCACAGCCCCACGCGCACCGCCCGGAUUCCUCCUGGAUUGCCCCGUCCGGGUCCGAGACGCCGUGGCCGCCGCGUCGGAGCUCGGGCCUGGGGCCACGCGCGGGCCGGAGCGGAGCGGGAGCACCGCCGCCGCCCCACGCGCAAACUUGGGCACGCGCUUGCCGGCCCGGCGCGGGGCCCGGGGUGCCCGGGGUACCCGGAGUCCAGCCAUGUCGCGGUCCAACCGGCAGAAGGAGUACCAAUGCGGGGAUCUGGUGUUCGCCAAGAUGAAGGGCUACCCGCACUGGCCGGCCCGGAUCGACGAGAUGCCGGAGGCCGCCGUGAAGUCGACCGCUAACAAAUACCAAGUUUUUUUCUUUGGGACCCACGAAACGGCAUUCUUGGGCCCCAAAGACCUCUUCCCGUACGAGGAGUCCAAGGAGAAAUUCGGCAAGCCCAACAAGAGGAAAGGGUUCAGCGAAGGCCUAUGGGAGAUCGAGAACAACCCGACAGUCAAGGCUUCUGGCUAUCAGUCCUCCCAGAAAAAACGCCUGGUGGCUGAGCCAGAACCUGAGCCUGAAGCCCUGGAGGGAGACGGCGACAAGAAGGGCAAUGCUGAGGGCAGCAGUGAUGAAGAAGGCAAGCUGGUCAUUGAUGAGCCCACCAAGGAGAAGAAUGAGAAGGGGGCGCUCAAGCGGAGAGCAGGGGACCUGCUGGAGGACUCCCCCAAACGUCCCAAGGAGGCAGCAGAGCCAGAAGGUGAGGAGAAGGAGGUGGGCGCAGUGGAGGUAGAGAGGCCCAACCCCACGGAGCCAGGCAAGAACAGCACAGCUGCCACCGAGCCUGGCUCAGGCCGGGGCCCCUCACAGGAGGAUGAGGAGGAGGACGAGGAGGAGGAGGAAGAGGAGGAGGAGGAGGAGGUGGCAGUGGCCAAGGAAGAGGCCGAGGCCCCGGGCAUGAGAGAUCAUGAGAGCCUGUAGACACCAAUGUUUCAAGAGGAGCCCCUGCCCCGUUCCUGCUGCUGUCUGGGUGCUACUGGGGAAACUGGCCAUGGCCUGCAAACUGGGAAUCCCUCCCCCCUACCCCCAACUCACUCCCCUCUUCCACUCACUCUCCUUGCUCUGAGCCCAGUCUCCAGAGAUUGGCCAGGAGGGGCAGGCCACCUGGGUCUCACCUCUGUGUCCCCAUACUUCUGUGCUCUGGGUGCGGGCCAUGUCUUCUGCUCCAUGGGGUAGACAGGAGGCCCUUUGUCCCCUCUCUCCAGAGCCAUUUGCCAGGGUUUCCCAGGGACCAGUGGUUCCACCUUCAGGAGAGGCAGCCCAUGCCUCUUGCUUCAGCUAUUCGGAACCUCUUUGGUCGGUGGUGGAAAUCAUGACCAAGUGGAACAGGCUUGAGAGGGGUAUUCCUUAAACCCAGGAUGUGGUGCAGAAGGGUAAUGUCUUGAGCUCCUGUCCCCUCCCCUGUACUAUUUGGCCCAGCUGCCAGAUUCGGGGGAAAUGAGACAGCCCGUAGGAGGUGCACCCUGCCCCUGAUCCGGCAAUACCUAUUCUUCCUUUUGUGUAUCCCAGGCUUUCUGGGAGUUGUCAUUGAAUAUCAGAUUUAUGGUGGCUUCCAAUUUACUCGAGCUUUGGACCCAGUCAGGCUGCUUGACUGCACCCACCUUGGGUGGGGAGUGUGGAGAAAGCACCUGCCCUCUAAAUCUCAGGCUGGGGGGGGGCACCCUGCUUGGGGAGACCCCUGAUCCUCCAUUUUCCCCUUGCCCUCAGAGCUCAAGGCCAGCCAAUAGUCCCAUAUCACCCAGAUAUAAAGGAAAAAACACAUUUUUUAGGAAAUGUUUUUAAUAAAAUAAAAUUGCAAAAAAAAAAAAUUAAAGACCCCCUCCCAUUCCUCUGUGCCCUCCCCAACAAUGCUCCUUUCUUUCCCAUUGUUGCCCUGUUCCUGGGGCACACUCAGAGGCUCCCAAUCUCCCUGGAGCUUGAUGGCUUUUCUUUUUAUAGUGGGGACUUUUCGUGUUUUUUUCCAGUGACAUUUCCCAUUCGCACACCCCACCUGGUUCCCUCGGCCUUGCCAUCAGAUGCAAUUGUUAUGCACUGAGAGGACUGAGGGGAAAUAAAGCAGAACCUCGACCCCUUUCUGGCAGUCCCAGUCUCUUGUCUCUUUCACCCUGCUCCCUCCCCUUGGGCUCUCAUGAAAAAAUGGCUGACUGUAGCUUUGGGAGUGUAGCUCUGAAAACCGUAGACAAUUUCAGUUCUAGGGAAAUAAAAACCUGUUGAUUACUA